GUGUCGCAGGCUUUUAUUGAGCUGACUCUGGUGAAACACAAGGUGUGUUAUGGCUAUCGGUGAUAUCUGAGUUCACUUACAUCGGUCUAUUGGGAAUGGGCUUUCUGUUGAUGUGGCUGGAGUUGUUGUGUUCCCAUAAGGAGAUACACGCUCUCAAAAUCAACGCCUAUGCUGCCAUCUGCACUGUACUGUCAGGUCUGAUGGGGAUGGUGGCCCACAUGAUGUACACCACAGUGUUCCAGAUGACUGUCAUCGUUGGCCCUAAAGACUGGAGGCCUCAGACCUGGGACUACGGCUGGUCAUUCGCCCUGGCGUGGAUCUCCUUCAGCUGUUGUAUGGGAGCUGCAGUCUUCACCCUCAACUCUUACACCAAGACCAUCAUCGAGCUGCGCCACAAACAGAGGCUCCGAUUGGAGGAGGCYCGCACCGCCAGCCACGSCCCUCCCUACRAUGAGGUGGUCCCCGGGAGCGGGCUCUACUCUGUCAGCGGCCUAUUGCAGUGCCCARACGGGAUGAUUGACGUGGCGUGGGCGCCUGAYGGGACCGUGAUGGGGGUGGGGAACGGGGAUGUACCAACUCUAGUGUUGCUAGGAGGGUGUGGGCCAGAGGGCUGUGAGGACUGUGAGAGAGAGAUGGAUGAGAUGGAGGAGGCCAUGGAGAGGGAAAGAGCUGAUUCGCCCUGUUAAUAAGUGAUGGGUGGGGCUAAAGAGAACAGAGGAGGACUAUGGGUAAUGUAGUCACUUUACAGGUACAGUAUAUGCACCUUGAGCUCUCAAGUUGGAAAGACUGAGACAGAGAAAGACUGAGACAGAGAAAGAGUGAGACGGAGAAAAACUGAGACAGGGAAAGAGUGAG